UCGGUCCAGCCCAGACAAAGACCCUUUGCAGGAAAUAGGAGGUCCAAUGACAAGGUCCAAGACCAAAAGAAUGAAGCAAGCUUUGCAAGGACUGAUUUUGGAGCUCAAGGGAAAAGAAGAUCAGAAUAAAUUAGAAGCAACUCCAAAGUGGGUCAAUUUCCUUGAACACAAGAAUGAUGAUGACUUGGACCCAACUUGAAGGCAUAAUUUCCAAGAACCCAAUCUGCAUGUUCAAGAUGCACUCAUGGACAUUAAUAUUUAGUAAAUAAGUCCAUUUUAGUUAUUUUCUUGAAUUUUCGUAUUUAAUAUAGGGGUGAAUUUUCUGAUGACAUUUUGUAUUCCCCCUAGUUGGUUUUUAAUGUCUUUUAUGAGCCUUUGACUCAUCUUUAGGAACAGUGGGUUUUUACUCAAGUUUCCAAUGCUAGUGGAGCUAUAAAUCUCUAGUGGAGUCUAUUAAAUGUUAGUGGGAGCAUUAUUACUUAUUGGAAAGAGUAGCAUCCCACUUAGCCUAUAAAUAGGGACUCAAUGUAUGGAACAAAGCAGUUUUUGAAUCUGAAUGAUAUUGAGUUUUCUCAUAUUGUGAGAGCUUCCCAUUUGUUCUUGGGUUAAGAACUAAACUUGAUAACUUUGGUUCUACCGGCAGGUCGCGGUUAGGGUCAAGUUCCCUUUUUAUCUUUGAUAACUUUGGUUCUACCGGCAGGUCGCGGUUAGGGUCAAGUUCCUAUCUUUUGUCCCCGGUUUUCAAGACGAUCCUUUGUGUUCCCAAAUCAUAUCAUUUGGUAUCAGAGCUUAGGCUCUUGAAAACCAGGUUUCUUUUCUCCAUUUUGUUUUUAUUUUUCUUUUUUUUUUGUUGUUCUCAUCCUAUAUAAAAAAAAAAAACAGCCUACUCAUAUUAUCCUUUCCCUUGUCUUCUCAUCAUCUUUUUUUUGAAGUUUUCGUGUGUUCCUUCAUUCUUUUUGUCUUUUGUGAUUUGCAUUCUGCUGGAAAAAAAAAAGUGCAAAAAAAAAAAGAAAAGAAAAGAAGUGUUCAGGUCCAAAAGCACAAAAAAAAAGAAAAAAAGAAAGAAGUAUUACAAAAAAAAAAGGAAAAAAAAAAAAAAGAGUUGUGACCUGAAGAAUUUAAGUGUGUUUCUUUCCAGCAAUCAAAAAAAAAAAAAAAAAAAACCUCAGCCAUUGUUCUCGUUUUCUAUUUCUCUUAAAAAAAAAUUAGUGUGUCCUUCCUAAUCUCUCAUUUCCUUAAAUCGCUGAAGUUAUCAUCUUCAUACUCUAGCUGUUCCUUGUUGUGUAGAACCAUCCUAAAGUUCUUAAUUUAAGAGCUCAUAAGGUGAAGCUGAGUGGUAAAAGGCAAGAGUUGUGAGAUCAUUAGAGGAAAAAAAUAAAAAGCGAAAGAUUGAGAGAAACACGAGUGAUUGAAAUAUUUUGAGUGUAAACACGUGAGAUUGUGUGAGUGAGAAUUUUAUUACUAACUGUGUUUUUGGCAGCACAUAAUCAUGAGUGGAGACGAAGAAGGAGCAUUUGAUCUCAAGCUGUUUGUGAAAGCUGUUACAGAACAAUUCACAGCCUUAAAUAGAAGGUUUGAUGAUUUAGCAUCAAGGUCUAGGUCCCCUCCUAGGCGAAACAAUGAAGAGGAAGAAGAGGAGGAGUAUUCAGAUGGAAGAUCUCAUGAAAGAAGAAGAAGUGACAAUAACUUGAAUAGUAUCAAAAUGACCAUCCCUACAUUUCAAGGAAAGAAUGAUCCUGAACUGUACUUGGAGUGGGAGAGAAAGGUGGAGCAUGUGUUUGAUUGCCAUCACUAUUCAGAGGAGAAAAAGGUAAAAUUGGCAGUUGUUGAAUUUUCUGAUUAUGCUAGUAUUUGGUGGGAUCAAUUUGUGAUAAACAGGCGCAGAAAUGGAGAGAGACCCAUUCGCUCAUGGGAAGAAAUGAAGGCUGUCAUGAGAAGAAGAUUUGUCCCCAGCCAUUACCAUAGAGACUUGCACCGAAAAUUGCAAAGUCUGACCCAAGGUUCUAUGAGUGUGGAGGAUUAUUACAAGGAGAUGGAGAUAGCUAUGAUGAGAGCCAAUAUAGAAGAAGACCGUGAAGCCACUAUGGCAAGGUUUAUUGGAGGUUUAAAGAAGGAGAUUGCUGAUGUGGUGGAAUUACAAUAUUAUGUGGAGAUGGAGGAUUUGUUGCACAAAGCAGUUCAGGUGGAAACGCAAUUGAAGUCCAAAACCUCCUCCAAAUUCUCAUCAUCCUCAAGCACUUCUUGGAAGUCAAAUUGGAAGAAUAAUAAAGCCAUUUCCCAUCCUAAAGAAAAUGUGAAGGCCAAGUCUACUAUGGCAUCCUCUAAAGGUAAAUCUGAAACUAAUUCUUCUUCACGAUCACGUGAUAUAAAAUGUUUCAGAUGCCAAGGAAUUGGGCAUAUUGCUUCUGAGUGUCCAAACAAAAGAGCAAUGAUUUUGCUGGAUAAUGGAGACAUAGAGAGUGUGAGCUCAAGUGAUGAUGAAAUGCCUCUGUUAGAAGAUUGUAGUGAUGUUGAAGUGGCUGAACCCGUGCAUGGAAAUUUGCUUGUUACUAGGCGUGCUCUUAGCAUACAGCCUAAGGAAGAUGAAGAUGCGGAGCAACGUGAUAAAAUUUUCCAUACUAGGUGCCUCAUUAAUGAAAAGGUAUGUAGCAUGGUUAUUGACAGUGGAAGUUGUACUAAUGUUGCUAGCACCUUGAUGGUCGAGAAACUGAACUUGCCAACCAAAAAGCAUCCUAAUCCAUAUAGACUUCAGUGGCUCAAUGAUUGUGGAGACAUAAGGGUGACUAAGCAGGUUUUGGUAUCAUUUUCCAUUGGAAAAUACAAAGAUGAGGUUCUUUGUGAUGUUGUGCCUAUGCAUGUGGGCCACUUGCUUCUUGGGCGGCCAUGGCAAUCUGAUAGAAAUGAUUAUGAGGAUGUGUUUCCAACAAGUGUUCCAAGUGGUCUACCACCACUGAGAGGAAUUGAGCAUCAAAUUGAUCUCAUUCCGGGAGCUUCUUUGCCUAAUAGGCCAGCAUAUAGAAGCAACCCACAAGAAACCACUGAAAUUCAAAGACAAGUGGAAGAACUCUUGAACAAAGGGUGGGUAAGAAAUAGCAUGAGUCCUUGUGCUGUACCGGUGAUUUUGGUACCAAAGAAAGAUGGGACUUGGAGAUUUGUUGUGAGUUCGAAAGGAGUGCAGGUUGAUGAGGAAAAGAUCAAAGCCAUUCAAGAGUGGCCCACUCCUAAAUCCGUGGGUGAUGUAAGAAGUUUUCAUGGCUUGGCCAGUUUCUACAGGAGGUUUGUAAAGGACUUUAGUACCUUGGCAGCACCCCUAAAUGAAGUGGUGAAAAAGAAUGGGGGUUUUCAUUGGGGAAAGAAUCAAGAAGAGGCCUUUGCUGCCCUAAAGCAUAAGCUUACCCAUGCACCUAUACUUGCUUUACCUAACUUUGCUAAAUCUUUUGAACUUGAAUGUGAUGCUUCAAAUGUAGGUAUUGGUGUUGUGUUGCUUCAAGAAGGCCACCCAAUUGCUUAUUUUAGUGAAAAGUUAAGCGGAGCUGCCCUUAACUAUUCUACUUAUGAUAAGGAAUUGUAUGCUUUGGUGAGAGCUUUGAAGACUUGGCAGCAUUAUCUUUUGCCCAAGGAAUUCGUGAUUCAUAGUGAUCAUGAGUCGCUGAAAUACUUGAAGGGGCAAGGUAAGUUGAACAAAAGGCAUGCCAAAUGGGUUGAAUUUUUGGAACAAUUUCCCUAUGUCAUAAAACACAAAAAGGGGAAAAGUAACAUUGUGGCUGAUGCUUUAUCCAGGAGACACGUGCACAAUGGAUUUUUAUUUAAGGAAAACAGGUUGUGUGUGCCUAAAAGUUCCAUUAGAGAACUGCUUGUUAAAGAAUCCCAUGCUGGGGGAUUAAUGGGUCAUUUUGGAGUCCAAAAGACUCUAGAAACUUUACAGGAACAUUUCUAUUGGCCCAAAAUGAAACAUGAUGUGAUCAAGUUUUGUGAACAUUGCAUUGUUUGCAAGAAGGCUAAGUCUAAGGUGAUGCCACAUGGUUUGUAUACUUCUUUGCCAAUCCCUGAAUACCCUUGGGUUGACUUGUCUAUGGACUUUGUUUUAGGCCUCCCUAGAACAAAGAAUGGUAAGGAUUCCAUUUUUGUGGUUGUUGAUAGGUUUUCAAAAAUGGCUCACUUUAUUCCUUGCAGGAAAGCUGAUGAUGCUUGUCACGUUGCUGAUUUGUUCUUUAAAGAAGUUGUAAGACUUCAUGGGAUGCCUAGAAGCAUAGUUAGUGAUAGGGACACCAAGUUCCUAAGUCACUUCUGGAGGACUUUAUGGGGGAAGUUAGGCACUAAACUUUUGUUCUCUACCACUUGCCACCCACAAACUGAUGGGCAAACUGAGGUGGUUAAUAGGACCCUAGGCACCUUGCUUAGGACUGUCCUUAAGGACAAUUUAAAGGCUUGGGAGGCGUGUUUGCCUCAUGUUGAAUUUGCUUACAAUAGGGCUGUCCAUAGCACUACCAAUUGCUCUCCAUUUGAAGUAGUGUAUGGAUUUAACCCUUUGACUCCUCUUGAUUUGUUGCCUAUGCCUAACAUUUCGGUGCACAUGAGGAAGGAAAGGUUUCCAGAACAAAGGAAAUCCAAACUCCAACCUAGAGGGGAUGGACCUUUUCAAGUGCUUGAGAGAAUCAAUAACAAUGCCUACAAAAUAGAGCUUCCAGGAGAAUUUGAUUUGAGGUCAAAUCCUUUUCAAGAGGGAGGGAAUGAUGAGGACAAGGACAAGGACAAGGGUCAUGGAGCACUAAAAGGACUUGGAGGACCAAUGACUAGGGCAAGGGCUAAAAGGGCCAAGGAAGCACUUCAACAGAUGAUAGCAUUAGCUCUUGAGGAAGGAACCCAUGUGCGAGAACUUGAGCCCAAAUUGGUGAAUUUCCUCAUGAGCUAUGAAGAGGAAGUCGUCCAAGAUCAGCCCAAUUAAUUGGAGCUGAGUUCGAAUUUUAUUUCUAGUUUUUUUUUUCAAUCCAAUAAGUCCCUAAUACACCAAGGAUGCAUUAGCAAUUAAUGGACCUGAAGUGGAGGCAUGUGGGGCGUGAAUAAGAAGGCUUUAAGGGAGGAAUAUUCCAAGUUUGCAUCAGCUCUUGAUAGCUGAAGUAAAACUCCAAGAAUCUCUUUCAAUUGAAGUUAAUUUCCUGUUUUUGUUUAAUGUAAUGAGAGAAAGUUUAGGGGCUGUUACAAGCUGAGCUUGACCAGCUCAUUAGGAGUUUUUAUUUGAAUUUUCAGUUCAGAAUUGGAUGUUAAAACUCCAUAAUUAGUCAUUAAUUGGAGUUAAGACCAUGACUCACCUUUGUAAUUCAAAACAAAGCCAAACUCUUUUAAAAGGGAGGGACGGCCAAGCAUGGAGAACAUGAAUGAAUAAGAUUAUUUUUUUUUCUGAGUUAGUUCAGUUUGUUGAGAGUGAUUCUCAUAUCCCUUGAGUGAUUCAGGACCUUGACUUAUCAAAGGUUUGCCACCACCUUUGUGUGACGUCUGCACUUCCAUAUCCAUAAAGUUCCAUUCCAAUUCUGUCCAUCUUUUCCUUGCACGAAAUUCUUCUUUGUUUUUCCCUUCCAACUCUGAUUUCUCAAGUCCUAAAAUCAUCCUAGACGAUCCAUCAAGC